AUGUCUUAUUAUCCAUUUCACAACUUUUCUGAAGAUUUUGAUGAAGGGUUCGGAAUAGUGGAUAGCACAAUGAGUAGAGCUCGUAGACCCCAAACGAACAGGAAUAGUAAUAUCCAAGGGGGAUUGAUAAGGCCUGGAAACAAUGAUUCCAUGGUAGUUCCUCGUUACGGCCCUUCGGAUUUAGAUAAUUGGUUUGAUACUGACAUCCCUUUAGUUCCUAUGGGUUUCGGUAGCACCCGAAACUUAACUGUUCCUAUUGACAUUUUAGACCAUGAUAAUAAUUAUGAAAUUAAAGUCAAUAUUCCGGGGGUUAGGCAAAAGAAAAACAUUAGCUUGGAAUAUAAUAAGAACAAAAACCAGUUCUCAAUCAGUGGAGAAAUCCCACCAAUUAUCACAGAAGAAAGAAGUGGGAAUGUUAGAGUCCAAGAACGUGCAUCUGGUAAGUUCAGGCGUUCUGUCACUUUGCCUGAAUAUCCUAAAAUAAAUGUAGAACAGGCUAAAGCAGAUUACACAAGUGGUAUCUUAACUUUAGAGGUUCCUAAGGUUAAACCAAGCGAUGCCGAUAAGGAACAAGUUCGUAGAAUCGAAAUUGUCUCAGAUCAAGAUUGGGAGAAAUAA